GGGCGCCAGCGGCGACAUGGCGGCCUCCUUGCGGCGCGCGGCGGCCGGGCUUCUUACCAGGUUGCAGACUUCAGCUCCCAUCAUACGAACUCUCUCAACGCCAAAGUCCGACUCUCAAAGCAUCCCAAGCUCUUUGUGGAAACUGGGCCGACUUAACCACGUAGCAAUAGCAGUGCCUGACCUGGAGAAGGCUCAGGCUUUGUAUAAGGAUGUGCUAGGCGCACGGGUGAGCGAGGCUGUUGCUCUUCCUGAACACGGUGUCUACACUGUUUUUGUGGAGCUGGGAAAUACAAAACUGGAGCUUCUACAUCCUCUAGGAGAAAAAAGUCCUAUAUCAAGCUUUCUGCAAAAAAACAAGACAGGAGGAAUGCAUCAUAUAUGCAUUGAGGUUGAUGACAUAAAAGCAGCUGUGACAGAACUGAAGGAAAAAAAGAUCCGAGUAUUGAGUGAAGAGCCAAAAAUAGGUGCACAUGGCAAACCUGUGAUCUUUCUUCACCCUAAAGAUUGCCACGGAGUCCUUGUGGAACUUGAGCAAGCUUGACUUGUAAUAUUCAUAUAGUAACACAAUAAACGAAUUGUGAAGUUACUGAAAUGGGGCUGGGAAAAAUGCUGCAUUAUUCAAUCUUUACAGAUUUGCUGUACUUCCUGGUGAUUCUUAYAGUUCCUAUAGCACUGAAAUAGGGCUAGAGUUUUUUGCUAAUAUGAUUUACAAAACUACUCUAUUUUCUUCAUUUCUUGAUUUCUCUGUGAUUCUAAAAAUGGAUACAUGAUCCAAACUACAUAUGUAAGACUAUAAUUUAUGUUCCAUUGUCACAUGUUUGCAGCAUGGUUUUACCUCUGUAGCCAGAGAAACUGUACAGUUUCUAGGUCAUUCUACUU